CGGCUUGAUGGAGGAUUCCUUGGCUAUCAAUCAGCGUGCAUGUUUGGCACAUUGGUGUAAACAAAUUAUGAACGAAGGGUGCCUAAAAGGGGAUAUUUUUAAUGAAUCACGAGAUGCAUUGGUAAAUAUACUUUCAUGUAUUAGGGCUCAUAGCGGGGACAAUAACAUGAUGGAGGAGCAUGCAGAAUACAUGUAUGAAGACCUUGCAAAGAAUGGAAGUACUGAGAUAGAGACCACAAGGAAGCCUAAGCGUUGCAGCUACUGUCGCAAGGGGGGGCACAACAUUGCUACGUGUUCCAUGAAGAAAAUGGAUGAAAGGACUCCCAAAUUUGAUGAUGACGCUGAGGAGAAUAUUGAGGGUGAGGACUACUCCUUCGUAGAUGCUGAAAGUGAUGAGUAUAUUCACAGUGAAUGGUUUGAGGAGGAAGAUGAAUAUUUAAAUUCCUCAAGGUAUUAUGAACAGAGUGGUGGCGAGACUGCGUCCUCAAUCGAUUACGAUUCUGAUGGGGCAAAUGAUGAUGAUGAGGCAGAGUUGUGAACCAUCCGUUGCAACAAUCAAAGACGAGUUUAAGAGCACUUUUUCUGUUUCUAUUAGUUAUACUUUUGGAACUUGUUUACAUCACUCUGAAUCUUAAAUACUUUAGAACAGG